AUGGAAGGCAUGGUUGGCAAACCGCUAGGCAGUGGCGGCAGAGAGACCUUUGGCAUGGAAGGAAUAGUGGGCAUCGUGGGAAUGGCGCCGGCGCUGGGUAGCGGUGGCAAUCCUCCUCCGGACGGCAGAGUUGGUUGCGGCAGGGUGGGCAAGGCGCCGGCGCUGGGGAGCGGUGGCAAUCCUCCGGACGGCAGGGUUGGCUGCGGCAGAGAUGGGAUUGAGGGCAUCGGAGGCAAUGCGCCGGGUUUCGGCAGUUGGAGGAGCUGUCGUGCCGCCAUUACAUUGCCCAUGUUGCAGAAUGUGACGGCGAGGAUGAGAGCAACGAGGAACAACUUCGACGAAGAAGCCAUGUCUUGA